AUGGGAGUAAAGGAUUUAUGGAGUCUUGUAUCUCCCACUGGAGAGGUUCUUCCCUUGACGGCACUUGAGGGGAAGGCAGUGGCAAUUGACCUGUCAUGUUGGGUCGUGGAUUGCCAGGCACUUCACCUUGGUCAUGUGGCUCGUCCUCACCUCAGGAAUCUCUUCUUCCGUACAAUGGCGCUACUGAACAACGGAGUCCUGCCAGUGUUUGUACUUGAAGGAGAUGCCCCUAGUAUGAAAUGGAAUACGAUCAACUCCAGAAACCAAAGAAACUUCCAUUCAUCAGCAAACCCUACGGGAAAGAAUUCAUCUGUUAAGACUGGAAAACGAUCAAGAUUCAAAUCUGUUCUCAAAGAGUGUAGAGAACUCUUAGACAUGCUUGGUGUGCCGUGGGUGCAGGCAAGUGGGGAGGCCGAAGCUACUUGUGCAGCUUUGAAUUACCAUAAUAUGGUUGAAGGAGUUAUCUCUCAAGAUAGUGACGUGUUCCUUUACGGAGGCCAGACGGUAUUCAGAAACUUUACAGCAAAUCAGAGUAAAGCAACGGUAGAAAAAUUUAGUAUGCACCUGCUCGAGGAACACCUGAAGCUGACUCGCGGAGGACUGAUCUUGCUUGCCCUUCUGCUUGGCUGUGAUUACUUCCCGGCUGGUGUGCAGGGAGUAGGGAAGGACACGGCCGUUAGACUCCUGAGAGUAUGGUACCAGAAGGGCGUUAAAGAUCCUAAUGCAGUCCUGGGCUCAGUGUUAUGGCAGCUCACUCAACACUCUAAUCUGAAUGCAAGAAAGUGGAAAAAUGGGAAUGACGAAGAGUUAGAAGCUGGCGUGCGGGAUAGGAUGUUGGCAACAGACGGCUUCCCCUUCAGUGACAUCAUCCAGGAAUUCCGGCGUAGACUGGAUCCGCCCUCGCUGAAGGUCAAAUGGGGUCAACCUCAGUUCUCAGACCUUGUCAGGUGGUGCAUCAUCAAGCUAGAAUGGGAAGGGAAUUACGCCGUUGAGAAGAUAUCGCCAGUUGUGACUCGAUGGAUGGUCACUUGCGGCUGGUAUGGGGGACGGAUCUCUUACCCAGACUUAGGCCUCAUGCCACUGAGCAUUGUGAAACGGUGUGUGCGUCGAGGGGUUUCUGCUUGUCAAGUGAAAUGGAAAGUAUUGAGCCGAAACCUACCCGAGAAUUCUCCCGUUGAGCUCACCACAGACGAGCCUCUUCAUUUGCUGCAGGCUUCAUUACCAGCCCUCCUUGAGGAAUUUGAGGAGGCGAAGGCUGCCAAGAAAGGCAAAGGAAGCAAAAAAUCUAAAAAGAAUGAACCGAAGAAGACAAAGGCUAAAGGCGCCAGCAAGGAGAAGACACAAGUCAGUAAGAGGAAAGAGGAAGAGGAAUACAUCACACAAGAAGAGGAAGAAGAGGAGACAGACGAAGACCUUUCACUCAUCAUAGAUCGCCUUGUUGGUAUUGACUUGACAGGGAGGAAUAAGGACAGUGGGCGUCAGUCAGUCUCGACCUCAGACAAAAGGGCCAAAGGUUGCAAAGGCAAUGUUUCUAAGGAGGGGACCUUGAAGGGAUCGACUUCCACUGUAGAUGAAGAAAGAAAAUAUGCAAAUAAGGUGGACGAAGACGAGAAACGGUGGAUGCAUAGGAAAUACACAGAUGAGGUGGAGGAUGGCAAGAAAAAGCAGACAUUUGCAACUAAAUUUCAUAAGGGCAGACAAGACUUUGAUGCUUUAACAGACAGCAGUGAUGAAGAAGACAAAGAGAAUCAGCCUCUGAGUUUGAUGGAUCGCAUAUCAAGGAAAAUCGGCAAGAAGGACAUCAGAUCGAAGUUAAAGACAUCUAAAGGACCGUUUGGAGCACUUCAUACAAAAAACGGUGACCUUAAAGCAGAAAGUGACAGUGAAGAGGAAAGUAAGGAAAGGCCUGAAAAAUGUAGAGAUAUUGUUGGUGCAGAUUUUAAGAAGUGCAUUGGCAGUCCUGAAAUAAAAUCUGUAAUAUGUAGUAAUUAUCAAAUUGAAAUUCCAAGUGACACCAUAGACUUUAAGGAUGAAAUUCCAGAGGAUAGCUUGGACUAUGACAGUAAAGUUUUAGAGUAUAUUCAGAACUUUGAGGAUGAAAUACCUAAGAAUAGUUUUGACUUUGAUGAUAAAGAUACAGAAAACAGUCUAAACCUUGAGGAUAACCUUCCAAGUAAUAGUGGAGGAUUUAAUGAGAAAAUUCAGGAGAAUAGUUUAGAAUGUAAAGCUCCUAAAGAUAAUGAAGACUUUGAUGAUAAAGUUGAAGAGAAUGUUCUUUUGAAUGACUCUAGAAAUAAAAUUGCUGAUCCUGAUUGCCUUGUGCUUGAUAAUAUUUCUGAAAAUGUGUUAGAUAUCAAGGAAAGUAAAUCCAACAAAAUAAGCCACAAAUCACAAGUGACAAAUAAAUCACCACAAGAAAAUAAGAAAGGAAACGAUGAGUCACAAAGCUGCUUGAUGACAGUGCCUGAAGAGAAGCUACAUUUUACACUCAAUGACUUUAGCCUCCUGUCAGAAACUUCUGCAUGUAAGAGCCAGAUUUCCAGAGAUAUGUUUGAGGAUACAGGGGAAGUCCAAGGAAUGUCUCAUUCAUCACUGCCUGAUCUCAAUUCUACUCCUCUCUUGGUUAACAGUAAAGGGAUCCUACGGGGAAAAGUUGAUAGUGAGGCUCAAGAUGACUCUGCAUCCUGUAGUUUACAAGGACCUAAACCAUCAGAUAAUGUUUAUACCCCAAGUCCACCCACCUGGAAAACUCCUGCAGGGAAAACUGAAGGAUCUUUUGAUUGUACAGUGUCUCCUUUGGAACCCUUGUCGGCAAAUUCUCUUCAUCGGUUGCAUGAUUCUUAUGGUAGAGAGCGGAGGUUUGUUCACAUGCCUCGGGGAGGUUGUAACUCGACUCCCUUAGUUAACACUCCAAAGGGUAGAAGUAAAGACAACACUUAUGGUCUGUGCUUCAAACUCCUUGACAGUUUUUGUUCUUCAGAGACUGGUGAAUCAUUCAGCCACAGUGCAGUUGAAGAAAUUGCAGCCUGCUCUGAGGUUAGCAAAGUGAUGGAAAAUUCCUUGAAUCUGUUACAGGACAGUCCCAGAGGAGAUAUCAGAGAUCAGAAAGGAAGCAUGAUUACGGCAAAGAACUGUAAGAAUGAUAUAUCUAUCCAUAAUGAAAAUGGGCAUGACAAACCAUUUGCCAAAAGGAUUGACAAAAAUUCCUGUUAUGAUGAUAAAACAAAUAAAGCUGGAACAUCACACAGAGUUUAUAAAAAAGAGAAGCAACACCAACAUUCACAUACCACUAAAGAUUGUGAAAGUGAAAAGGAUUUAAAUAAAGGAAAAAUAAGUCAUCUAUUACAGAUGAAGGAGGAACUUGCUGAUACUACAUUUUCACCCGUAAUCACUGGCUUAUCAUUAGCAGAGAGGAUAAAAAAGAAGUGUAAAGAUAGAGCAAUCAGUAAGCUGAUUGAUGACCUGUGAUAUAUCCCUUUUAAUAGUUACAAAACACUAGCAUGUCAGUUUGUUUUGCUUGGACUGUGAUUUUAGAUACAUUCAACACCAAUGAAACAUUUUGAAUGCAUUAUAUGAAUUAUACUGUUUUUUCAAUUUUAUAUAAAAUGUUUGAUUUAUUUUUAUGCUGAAUAUUGUAAUUUAAAUGUUAAAAAAAAUUAUAUCCACUGUCUUUGGAUACUGGGAUAGAAUUAUGAUAAUGAUAAUGUAGAGAUCUCAUUAGCAAUAAAGAAAUAUUUUUGAA